CGCAAACAGUUUUUUUUUCAUCUCAUUUUCGAUUCCACCCGCCUCUCCUUUGCUGCAGCAGAAUUUCUCUUUUUUGUGUGUUCCGAUGAUCUAGAUUCCAGCCUGACGGGACGGGAAACGUGAGUAAUUUCAACAAGUAAUUCAGCCAACGAGGAUGACUUCAAAGCUGGAAAUUAACGUGCGAAGUCUGCUGAAGCAGUGCGAGGAGAUGGCUACGGUGGACCAGCAGGACUGGAGGUUGUCCAAAUAUAUCAAAUCGUUGGACACGAUGAUCCAGGAGCUGGAGGAACAAUUUGAAAAUCCAGAGGACAAAAUGAUCUCAGAGUAUCGCAGCCGAUGUUCGGAGCUGAAGAAAGCCUCCAACUAUGUGGAACCUGCCGCAAAUCUUGACCAGAAGCAGCGGCUCAAGUCCAAGCUGAAAGCCAGCGGAGACACGGGCGAUGACGUGCUGCGGGAGAUCCGCCAGAUCCACGACCAAAAGUACCAAAAGGAACUGCGCAGCGAACUGUUCAACGGGAACUUUAACUCGACGAUUCGGCGCCGGGCCGGCCAGAAGGUGGCCGAGAAUCUGGAACAGACGGUCAAACAGUACUCGGACGUGCAGGAAAAGAUCGCCGAAGACAUGCUGCUGCUGACGAGGAAUCUGAAGGAGCAAACCGAAACGGCCAACAAGAUUAUCAAAAAGGACACGGAGAACGUGAGCAAAUCUUCAAAGCUAACCGACCAGAACAUGUCCUCGCUGUCGAACGAGUCGGCCAAGCUGCAGGAGAGCUCGAAGAAGGCUUGGAAGUGCUGGAUGUGGCUCAUGAUAGGGCUGGUCAUGAUGAUUUUCAUUUUCAUGGUCAUGUUUAUGAAGAUAAUGAAGAAAAAGACUUACUAACCAAGGAUCGACCCCCUGCACCAAUAUUCCCCGGAGCGAAACUGACACAUUCGAGUAUCGACAAACUUUGUUUUUUUAUUAGCAUGCAUUGUUUUUUUUUUGUUUUAAUGAAAAGAAAAAAAGAGCGUAAAUAAAUUUUACAGUAUUUGCACCUGUUAA